AUGACAGUGGACUUCAGGAGACAUCCCUCAACUCUGCUCCCCCUCACCAUAUCAGACAGCCCUGUGUCCACUGUGAAGACCUUCAAGUUCCUGGGUACAACCAUCUCCCAAGACCUGAAGUGGGAGACCAACAUCAACUCCAUCCUCAAAAAGACCCAGCAGAGGAUGUACUUCCUGAGACAACUGGGGAAAAGCACAGUGAGGGCCAUGAUUUUGGAGUUCUUCAGUGCCUUCAAUACAAUCCAACCAGCACUGCUGAGGGAGAAGCUGGAAUCAGCAGGGGUUGACUGUCAAAUGACUGCAUGGACAUUUGACAGUCCAUGCUGUCUGCCAACUGGUAUACAGCACAACCUGGAGGAAGGUCAUCACCGACCUCGUCAUCUGGGAGGUGGUAGCACGAAGUGGGACAGGAAACAGCUUAAUAGACUGAUGAAGAGGAGCAGCUAUGUCCUGGACAGUCCCCUAGACUCCAUAGAGAAGGAUGUGACGGUGACGCUGGACGUUCCAUUGGGCGCCAUCAGUCGAGUGGAGAAGAUGGGCGGGGCGUCGAGCAGAGGAGAAAACUCCUACGGCCUGGAUAUUACUUGCAAGGACAUGAGGAAUUUGAGGUUUGCCCUGAAGCAGGAAGGCCACAGCAGAAGAGAUAUUUUUGAGGUUCUUUUCAGAUAUGCCUUUCCUCUGUCACACGGCCUGCCUCUUUUUGCGUAUUUGAGUCAAGAGAAGUAUGCUGAGACCGGCUGGACCAUCUACAAACCCGUAGAGGAGUUCAGACGGCAGGGUUUACCUAACAACAAGUGGCGUAUAUCAUUCAUCAAUAAGAGCUACGAUCUGUGCGACACCUACCCCACUGUGCUGGCUGUACCCUACAAAAGUAAAGAGGAGGACCUCCGAAAAGUGGCAGCCUUCCGGUCAAGAGGACGAAUACCGGUGAGGGCGAGACUAAGCUGUCAAGCCACUGGAGGAGGCUACGAGGGUGAUGAGUACCAAAAUGCAGAGCUCAUCUUCUUGGACAUCCAAAAUAUCCACGUCAUGAGGGAAUCCCAGAAGAAACUCAAAGAUAUCGUCUACCCCAACGUGGAGGAAUCCCACUGGCUGUCCAGCCUAGAGUCGACACACUGGUUGGAACAUGUCAAGCUGGUGUUGUCAGGAGCCAUCCAAGUUGCAGACAAAGUGUCCAGUGGUAACUCCGUAGUAGUUCACUGCAGUGACGGCUGGGACCGAACUGCACAGCUCACCUCUCUGGCCAUGCUGAUGCUGGACAGCCACUAUCGCACUCUCAGAGGCUUCCAGGUUUUGAUUGAAAAGGAAUGGAUCAGCUUCGGCCACAAAUUUGCCUCAAGGAUAGGACAUGGUGACAAAAACCAUGCCGAUCAGGACAGAUCACCCAUCUUUGUUCAGUUCAUCGACUGUGUGUGGCAGAUGACUAAACAGUUCCCUACGGCCUUCGAGUUUAACGAGCAUCUCCUGCUGACGAUCCUGGAUCACCUCUACAGCUGUCGCUUCGGGACCUUCCUGUACAACUGCGAGAGCGUACGAGACCAGCAUGAGGUGAGGUCCAAGACUGUGUCUCUGUGGUCUCUGGUCAACAGCAAGAUGGAUAUGUAUUUAAACCCCUUCUACACCCCAGAAUCUGGCAGGGUUCUCUACCCUGUUGCCAGCAUGCGCCACCUAGAGCUCUGGGUAGCGUACUACAUCCGCUGGAACCCACGCAUACGACAGCAGGUAGGACUGCUCUUGUGUUUGCUAUAAUGUGCUGUAAGCUUG